ACGUCAAUCAUCAGCAGUGAAGCAACCGGCUCAAGGACCAUGGUAAACACCGAAAGGGAUCUGCCGGAACUAACGUUUGAGGCUUUCGACAAAGUUGAUUUAAGCAGCAAUAUCUACAAGUGGAUUCAUUUUGAGGGUCGCUCAAACGCAGACGAAAUGAGGAAGAUGUUCCAGAAGAUCAAGAAACACAACGAGUCAGUGGAGCCUGUUCAUCAAAUUAAGACAUCCAUGGAACUUGAACAAGUCAUGUUCCCUGAACUGGAGACCAUUGUCAACUGUCCGGACUACGUGUUCUUGAGCAAGGAUUGGUCCCGGUCUAAGGGCCUGACGUGUAAAGAGACCUGCGUGGACGUCUACAGCAAGAAAGUCAAGCCAGGGGCAGUGGCCAUUUGUGCUUGGGGUGAAGACGGUGCCGCAGGGAAGACAGCCGAUGGUGACGUCAUAUCUAUACCAGCGUUUCUGCAGCCACAUGUUAUUGAUACAGUCGGUUGUGGCGACACCUUCGUUGGCAGCGUCACUGCAGCACUUUCCUCCGGAAAGAGUUUGAGCGAUGCCAUUCAGUUUGGAUGCCGCGUUGCCGGUGCGAAAUGUGCUAUUCAAGGCUUUAAGGAUCUGAAACGGUUUGGCAGCAUAUUGGAAGACUCUAGUGCUGGAUCAUGAUUCACAUACUGCAGGAGAGGAUCCAGAGGGGGUUGCGCCACCCCUCCCCGAAAAAUAUUUCCCUGAGGAGCAUUUCCUCCAAACCUUUUGGACUUCAUGAUUUAUGUGCACCCCUCCUUCUCCAAAUCCCAAAUCCUGGAACUGGCCCUUGUACUGUAACGAGACUUUGAUUCAUCUACUUAAUAGAUCGUUGAUUCAUCUACUUGCGAUGAUUCAUCUAUUUUAAUAGAUCGUUGAUUCAU